CCCCCCCCCAUCCCCGGCCCAUUAGCUGCAUUCGGUAGGAAAUGGCUGCGAGACCUAGGAGGCCUUGAGGCCCGCCGGGUUACACUUAUAGAACUCUGGUAUUCCUGUGAUGGAACAUGCUGUAAAUCCAGAAUCAUCAGUGGCAUUUAAAUCUGAGUCAAGCUUGGACAAUAUGGAAAGUAAUUCCCAAGGUUUGGAUGAUAAAGGUGACCCAAGUAAUGAUGAGACUCCAAAAGCAAUUAAACCUACAAGUAAGGAGUUUAGGAAAACAUGGGGUUUUCGAAGAACUACCAUUGCAAAACGUGAGGGUGCGGGAGAUGCUGAAAUAGAGUCCCUUGAUCAACAACCACAACAGCAGCAACAAAGCCUCUCCCUUCGUCGAAGUGGACGCCAGCCCAAGCGUACAGAAAGAGUAGAAGAAUUUCUUACAACAGUUAGAAGGAGAGGAAGGAAAAAUGUUCCUGUUACCCUGGAAGAUUCAAGUGAACCAGCCUCCUGUCCAGUUACAGAUGUAGAAACUGCUUCGGAAGGGAGUGUGGAAAGUACUCCUGAAACUAAAACUGGUCCGAAAUCUGACUCCAGGAAUGUUAAGGGUCAGCCUGCUGCAGUUACAAAAGGAACAAAAGAUGAUGAUGAUGAUGAAGAAGAAGAUGACACUUCUGAUAGUGACAGUGAUGGAUUGACAUUGAAAGAACUUCAAAAUCGUCUUAGAAGAAAGCGUGAACAAGAACCCUCUGAAUUGACCCUGAAAGGUAUACAAAACCGCCUAAGGAAGAAACGUCGUGAAGAGGAUCCCACAGAAACUGUUGAUGUUGAGGCAGGCAAUACAGUGGAAACUGAGGUGCCUAGUAAGCAAGAACCUGAGACAGUGGAUCAAGUAGCUGCACCCCAAGAGUCUAAAGAAGACCAGGAUAUUAAGUUGGAGGGGAAAUCUCCUCAGGGAAUCAAAGAUGAAGAACCUGAAGAGUUAGUGAAGCGAAAACCAGAAUGUGAGGUUUAUGAUCCUAAUGCAUUAUAUUGCAUAUGUCGACAACCUCAUAACAACAGAUUUAUGAUUUGCUGUGAUCGGUGCGAGGAAUGGUUUCAUGGUGAUUGUGUAGGGAUUUCUGAAGCUCGUGGGAGGCUUUUGGAAAGGAAUGGAGAAGAUUAUAUCUGUCCAAAUUGCACCAUCCUACAAGUACAGGAUGAGACUGCUUCAGAAUCUGAUCAGCAGGAAGCUAAGUUUAGACAUGAAAAUGCUGAUGGUACAGAACUGACAAGUAUAGGAACGAUAGAGCAAAAAUCCAGUGAAGAUCAAGGAAUCAAGGGUAGAAUUGAAAAGGCUGCCAAUCCAAGUGGCAAGAAAAAGCUCAAAAUAUUUCAACCUGUUAUUGAGACUCCUGGUGCCUCAAAAUGUAUUGGUCCUGGUUGUUCCAGUGUGGCUCAACCUGACUCAGUAUAUUGUAGUAAUGAUUGUAUACUUAAACAUGCUGCGGCCACCAUGAAAUUUCUGUCUGCUGGCAAAGAACCAAAACCAAAAGUAAAAGAAAAGCCAAAAUCGAAACCUGAAAAAUGCAGUCUUCCAAAAUCUGGUGUUCAGGCAGGUAUUAAAAUGUCUUCUGUCCAGAAGAGGCCAGCUCCUGACAAAAAAGAAAACAUUGCAAAGAAAACUGUGGUAACAGCACCUAGGAAUGAAGGACUUGUUAAGGAAACAACUUCAGAAAGCAGCACACCAUCCUGGGCAAGCGAUCACAAUUACAAUGCAGUAAAGCCAGAAAAGACUGCUGCCAUUUCAUCAUCACUGUUAUAUAAAUCCAUGAAAGAAGAGAAAAGGGUGGAAGAUAAAAUGGCCACACCCCUUCCUGUGACAAAAAAAGUCAUUCCUUCAACUUCAGCUUCUGUUACUGGGAAACAAACCUCUUCUUUGCCUAGAAACAUAGUCCCAAAGAAGUCCCCUUCUUUUAUUAAUUCUUCAGUUACUAAACAAACCAUUAAAAAUUCACCUGGAGGCUUCAAAGGUGUCAUCCCCAAGAAGUCAUGGUUGUCUGGCAAUCCAUCAGGCAGUGUUUCCAAUACCAAGCAGUCAGGACAGACUUCUGCAGCAUCAGCUUCUAAAAAAUUAAAUGUUUCUUCCACGUUAGCUGGAGGACCUAAAAAACCAGUAGCACCUUCUGCUAGUCCUGCUUCUUCAUCAACUCCAGGAAAAUCAGGAGCUAGUCCCUCCCAGUCACAACCUAAUUCUCAAAUUCGACAAAAUAUAAGACGAUCUUUAAAGGAAAUUUUGUGGAAAAGAGUCAAUGAUAGUGAUGACUUAAUCAUGACAGAAAACGAAGUAGGAAAAAUUGCUCUGCAUAUUGAAAAAGAGAUGUUCAACUUAUUUCAAGUUACAGAUAAUCGGUACAAGAGUAAAUAUCGCAGCAUCAUGUUUAAUCUCAAGGAUCCAAAAAAUCAGGGACUUUUUCAUCGGGUUCUUCGUGAAGAAAUCUCUCUGGCAAAACUUGUGAGAAUGAAACCUGAGGAACUUGUCUCUAAAGAAUUAUCAAUGUGGAAAGAGAAGCCAACAAAAUCUAUGAUAGAAUCCAGAAAUAAACUACACAGUGAAAGCAAGAAGUCUGUCAUGAAACAGGAAACCAUACCAGAUAUGGAAGAUUCUCCACCAGUGUCAGACUCAGAUGAACAAGAAUUGGCACGAGCUGUGCCUGAAAAAAGUAGUGCUCCUCUCCUUGAUGUUUUUAGCAGUAUGUUGAAAGAUACAACAAGUCAACAUCGGGCUCAUCUUUUUGAUUUGAACUGCAAAAUUUGUACAGGUCAGGUGCCAUCAUCUGAAGAUGAACCAGCCCCAAAGAAACCAAAGUUGUCAGCUUCUGUUAAGAAGGUGGAAUCAAAAUCAAAAUUUGACAGCUCUGGUUCUGGGCCUAUUUCUAAUCCUGCUGAUGAAUUGAUAUCUGAAGCCAUAGCUGAAAGUGCUUCUGAACCAGAAGUCGAAAGUAUUUCUCAAAUGAAUUUGGAAAGAAAUUAUUUUCCUGUACCCCUGGGGCAUGGUAAUGCAGAACCAUCUUCAGUGGAAGAAAGUUCAUUAUACCCAAUCUCCUGCUCUGCUGGGGUUGUCACUACUGUAACAGUAUCUGGUAGGGAUCCCAGAACAGCCCUAAGCAGUUCAACUGCUGUCAAUACCUCAGCCACACGUCCUAGCUCUGGCCCUCUGACUGACAAACUUUUGACUGGAGAAACAAAACAAGAAAUGCUAAAACCUGUUUUGACACCAACGGCAGUACCAAAAUCUAUAUUGGCCAAGCCAUCAUCUUUGCCAGACCCAAGAUACUUACCAGUUCCUCCAUCUCCAAAUAUUAAUAUUCCAGAGUCGCGAUCCCCUCAAGAAGGAGAUACUUCCCUCUUUCUGUCUCGUCUCAACACCAUUUGGAAAGGAUUUAUCAACAUGCAAAGUGUAGCGAAGUUUGUCACUAAGGCAUAUCCGGUGUCUGGGUGUUUUGAUUAUCUCAGUGAGGACCUGCCAGAUACAAUUCACAUUGGUGGAAGAAUCUCACCCAAGACUGUUUGGGAUUAUGUUGGCAAACUCAAAUCUUCUGUAUCAAAGGAGCUGUGCUUGAUUCGUUUUCAUCCUGCAACAGAAGAAGAAGAAGUUGCCUAUAUUUCUCUCUACUCCUAUUUUAGCAGCCGUGGCCGUUUUGGAGUUGUAGCUAAUAACAACAGGCACAUCAAGGAUCUCUACUUGAUUCCACUGAGUGCUAAGGAUCCUAUUCCAUCAAAACUCUUGCCCUUUGAGGGACCAGGUCUUGAGUCACCACGUCCAAAUAUAAUACUGGGAUUAGUAAUCUGUCAAAAAGUAAAGCGACCUUCGAAUGCCGGAGAGUUGGAUAAGAUGGAAGAAAAACGAAGCAAACUUCAAACACAGGAAGAAAUUGAGGUGUCAGUCUAUCCCAAAGGAGUUACAUCUUCUCAAUCUGAAAAGAAACAAUCAAAGUAUCAGAUCUAUUCUGCAGAUGCUGGUGUCAGUACCACACCACCUGGAUCCCCACCACCACCACCACCACCUCCACCACCUCCACCACCACCACUCCCAGAUCCACCAGCAUCAUCAUCAGUAUUAAAAAUUCUAUCAUCACUUAAAACAGGGACUACAAACACCACAACUCCAUCAGUUUCAUCAGCAACUAUUACAGCUACAACUUCCUCCCCUGGUAACUCAUCUAGUUCAAAAACAGCUUCACCCCUAGAACACAUCUUGCAAACUCUUUUUGGGAAGAAGAAAUCAUUUGACUCAGCUGCUAAGGACUCAGAACUUACUUCAACUUUAAACCAAGAGUCUAAAAUGAUUGUGGACGAAGGAGUACCAGCAACUCCUUUGUUAGAUCCCAUUGUUCAGCAGUUUGGCAAAAUGUCAAAAGAUAAAACUCUAGAGGAGGAAGAGGAUGAUAGACCAUAUGAUCCUGAAGAAGAAUAUGAUCCCGAGAAAGCUUUUGAAACUCAAAUUACUGAAAGUGAAAAACGAUAUGAUCUUGAAAAACCUUCUGAAGUAUCAGAGAGGGAAGAUGUGGCUUAUGACCCAGAAGAUGAAACUAUUUUAGAAGAAGCUAAAGUUACUAUUGAUGACUUACCCAAUAAAAUGUGCACAGAUAGUAAAAAUUCCACAGAGAGGACAUCUGAAUAUGUGACCGAUAUCUCUGCUCCUUCUUCCUUAGUAGAACAGCAAAAAAUGCUAGAAGAAUUAAAUAAGCAAAUAGAGGAACAGAAGAGGCAACUAGAAGAACAAGAAGAAGCGCUUAGACAGCAAAGGGCUGCAGUUGGUGUUUCAAUGGCUCACUUUUCAGUGUCAGAUGCAUUGAUGUCACCACCUCCAAAAUCAUCUUUGACAAAGACUGAAUUAUUUCAGCAAGAGCAGCAAAUUGCAGAUAAGUCAGAUUCUUCAUCGAGUCAGUUAAUUCAUGCAGGAAGCCAAAGUUCAGAUCUAAGACAAUGUAGAGACCCACGACAGGCUAGAAGAAUAGCUACAGAAAAUAAUGAAAGUGAAAUGCUAAAGCCACUUUCCAGUUCCUCACAUAGUGGGACGCCUAUGAGAGAACCUCCUACAGUUGUUAAUAUGGGUCAGUUGCCUACACCACCACAAGAAGAAAAAGAAUUGAAUACAGCUACUCAGUUGAUAUAUAAUAAUGAUAAGUGGGUUCCAAGUGAAAAAGCUACUAUUCUUCUUGAUCAGGAUGGACAAAAUGAUAAGAAUGAAAGUUCAGAAACUACAUCCAAACAUCAUUUAGAAAAUACACAUCCAUCAGUACCAGAAGUUUCAUCUAAACCUUUACGAAAAGUACUCCUUCCAACACCUCCCAAUACAUCUUUUCAACCAAAUUUCCCAGUGCAGAAUGAUGGACAGAUAUUUAAUUCACCAACUGGAGCAAGCAGUCCUUUCUCAAAUACAGUAUUUACAUCUCAGGAAAAAUCUCUUAGCUCAUCCCAAUAUGAAGAUAGAAGAAAUCCCCAGUUUGCAGAAAAAAGUGCUUCAGCUGUUCAGGAUGAGGGAGAAAGAGGUUUACAAUCCAAACAUGAUGAUAACAGAGGAGUUCUUUCAUUUCCUUUAUCUGGACAAAAAGCCCCACCUCAAUCACAGUUUCAGGGACAAAAUGAACCUACAUAGAAUUAUGGAGCAGUUUCAGGACCUCAUGGACACUUUCCAGGACCAAGGGGACCAACACCCCAGUUUUCAGAAGAAAAUAAUUCUAGUACUGAGGGACAAAGAGGGCCUUCAUCUACGAGAUUUGGGGGACAGAAGGCACCUAUCCCUUCGUUAUUCUCUGGACAACACGGACCACCUCCUUUUGGUGACAACAGAGGUCCUUCACCUUCUUAUCUUGGUGGGCCUAGAGGAGUUGCACCAUCCCAAUUUGAAGAUCGUAGGGAUCCCCAUGGGGAAAAGGAAUUCCAAGAUUCUCAGUAUAGUGAGAUGACUAGCCCUCCUUCACAGUUUGAAGGUCCUGAACAAUCUCAAUUUAUGGGAAAUAGAGGCCCAGCACCUUUCCCAUUUGGAGGACAAAGAAGACCAUUACUAUCUCAAUUUAAGGGACCCCGAGGAGGCCCUCCUCCUGCUCAGUUUGGAGGUCAAAGGGGACCACCACCACCUGGCCAUUUUGUGGGGCCAAGGGGUCCCCAUCCCAAUCAGUUCGAUGGCCCCCGGGGUCCCCAUCCCAACCAGUUCGAAGGCCCCCGGGGUCCCCAUCCCAACCAGUUCGAAGGCCCCCGGGGUCCCCAUCCCAACCAGUUCGAAGGCCCCCGGGGUCCCCAUCCCAACCAGUUCGAAGGCCCCCGGGGUCCCCAUCCCAACCAGUUCGAAGGCCCCCGGGGCCCCCAUCCCAACCAGUUCGAAGGCCCCCGGGGCCCCCAUCCCAACCAAUUUGAAGGUCCCCGUGGCCCUCAUCCCAACCAGUUCGAAGGUCCCCGAGGGCCCCAUCCCAACCAAUUUGAAGGUCCUCGAGGUCCAGCACCAAACUUCAUGCCAGGACCAAGGGUUAUUCAACCACAGCAAUUCGAAGAACAAAGAGUAAAUUCACCACCAAGAUUUGCAAACCAGAGGGGUCCAACACCCCUUCAAUUUGGGCCAAGGGAUCUGCCUCCAUUUUCAGAAAAAAAUGAACAGCCCCCUUCAAGAUUUCACUCAGGACAAUCUCCACAGGGUAUGAAACCUGCUCCAAGACCACUACUUGAACUUCCAAGCCAUCCACCACAACACAGGAAGGAGAGAUAAGAAGCUGGUCCAUCUGCUCCUCUACCAACAAAUGUGUCUGGACAGGCCUCAGAAUCAGAAUCACAGUGGCCAUCAUCUGAUUUCCGUGAUGGCAAAAGUCAUGAAUAUAGAAAUCAAACUUUUGAAGGGAGACAGCGAGAAAGAUUUGAAGGAAGCACUAAAGAAAAGUCUUCAGAUGAACCUGAAACCCAGCUCUCAGAAAAUAGACAAGGAAGAGGAUUGAAGAUGAAGAGAGACCGAGAUCAUGGGAAACCUUGGGAAAGAGAGCGUGGCCGAAAUUGGAGUAGAGACAGGGAAAGAGAUUGGGAUAGAAACAGAGAUUGGGAAAGACACCGAGAAAAAGACUCUACUCGAGAUUGGGACAAAAAUAAAGAGAGGAAUCCAAAUAGGGAUAAGGAUAGGGAAUCAGACCGCAACAAGGAAUGGGACAGAAACAGAGAGAGAAGCAGAAAUAGAGAUCGGGACCGUGAAAGAGACCGAGACAGGAGACGGGAUCGAGACAGAUCAAGAAGCAGAGACAGAGAUCGAGAUCGAACAAGAGAAAGGGACAGAGAACGAGAUAGGGACCGAGAAAAAGACAGAGAACGAGAUAGAGGAAAAGACCGUAAAGACAGAAGUAAAAGUAAAGAGAGUAGUAGGGAUUCAAAGCCAGAAGAACAGAAAGAAACUCAAAAACCAGCUGAAACAGAAGGUUCAUCUUCGAUUCAAACAUAAAUGUUUGAGAGUAAUGUGUGGGUGUGUGUGUGUGUAUAUAUGUAUGUGUAUAUUAUAUAUAUAUUUGGGGGGGAAGACUUUACAUGGGGUUUGGUUGUAUAUAUUCAAUGUUGCAAAAAUCCCUUUUAAAAGCCAGCCUUACACAAAAUAUAUUCAAGGAAAAUAGUUUUUGAAACUGCUAUGAAAUUAGAUGGAGUGGAACCAUUCUGGACUUCAGCUUACUGUAAUUUUGUGUACAAUAUGUUUUCUUACAAAAUUUCACAUCUUACAAUUCUGAAAUGAUUUUUUUACUUAACUCUUAAAAUUUCCAUUUAAAAUUAAUACAGAAAUGGGAAAAGUCUAUAAAAAGCAUAUUGCUUUUUUCAUAUUAAAAAGUUAUGUUUUUCAAUAACUUGACUGUAUUUGUAAACUUUUAAGGAACUUCAGUGGACCUUAGGAGCCAUACCUUUACUUACAUCUCACGUGUAGUAUUUCUGCGUAAAAAAAAAUUUUUUUUACGGGUUUCUUAGUAUGUGCUUUACAAGAGGGUCAUGUAUUCUGUCCUGUGCUGAUUUUACUAUAGGUGGACUGCAUGUAUUUAUGAAGUCAUUGUGAAAGAACACAGUAUUAGUAGUUUAUAAUUAAUGGAGUGUUAAGAAAUGCAGAGCUUAUAUAAAUGACUAUCUUUUUCAUGUAAAGGAUAGUGUUCAAACCAGGAAACAACUAAAAAGAAAACCUGAACUUUUCCCUCCGAUUUUUCUGUUGCCUUUUAAAAUGCUGUUUAAAAAAUCUUUGAUAAAAUAACAUCCAUGUGUCCAAGUAAAAUCUAUCAGACUUUUAAAUGUCAAUUCAUUGGAAAUGUUUAAAUUCUACAAACACAAGCAAAAAAGUGUGAGAAAUAAAUUAAGGAUAUUUUUAAGCUGUUUCUUUGGUUUGAACAAUCAGGAACAUUUUGUUUGUAGAAUAGUGCUAUUUAAGCAGUUCUUCAGUAAUUUCUAGGCAAAAUGUACCUAGCUUAGAACUGUCUUCAAUACUGAUGGUGUGUUUAAAAGUUUACCACUGAAAAAAGUUGAUGAAAGUAAAAGUGAUAUAAGUUGAAGUACUACAAACUAAGUGGAAAGUUUUCACUGUGAAAUACAGUAUACUGCUUCUUUUCAUCUAUUUUUCAAGUACUAAAGUGUGAAAUAGAGAAAACCUUGCUAAUUUAUUUGACUGUUACAAAUACACUUUGAUAAUUUUUAUAUUUUCAUAACUACUUUUGCAAUAUAUAAAUUAGAAAAUAUCAUUGCUUCUUGGAGUCUGUUGCUCCACUAUACAUCACUACGGAUUUUACAAUUUAUAUAGGCACAAAAUUCUUUAAGUUCUGAAAGCCCAUCAGCAACUUAGUAAUUUGGAUGAUUUGUAUUAUAAACCAAGAGUUAGAAUGUUAAAUUACAUAUAGGUGU